AAAAGGUGCCGAGGGUUGUGCGCGUGAUGUUUCGUCGCCGCCGAGGACGAUGUCGAGGGAGAAGGUCGAUGCAAGGUGAUUACGAAGGCACGCACCCCGAUAUACGCAGCACUGCCAAUAUACCGGCAAUCUAUAUCGGAAACAGCUGAUCGCUAUCGAAUUAUUUGACACUUGAUACUCACACACAUACACGCAAGAGCCACGUGACAGCCACUUCUCGGUGUGCACUCGCGCUCAGCUGACAGGUCGCGCCAGUUUGCGCCUCCUCUUCCUCUUAUGAAGCGUAGUAAUCCUUGUAUCGCGGGAUCAACGACUGCGAUUACGUCGCAGCGGAAAUGGAGCCGGGGACGCUGGCGAAGGUGUUGCACGAUUUCCUUACCACCGUCGAUGGCGAGCUGAGCCUCUCCCAGGGACAAUAUUUCCUGAUACACGAGGUCGUAGACAAGCAUUGGUGUCUUGGUCAGUCUCAGGACAGAGUCGGCAAAUUUCCUACGAGUCAUUUACAUAAAGUGGAACUUCCUCGGUUUGAUGAGACGGAAAGAGUGUUUGUCGCUGUAGCUGACUUUCCUGGACAGGAGACUGGAGAUCUGUCCUUUGCGCGAGGAGAACUUGUAAUUGGAGUAAGAGAUGUAGGUUCAGGAUGGUGCAUGGGCAGGACAAGCUGGAAAAAUGGUAUUUUUCCAACAACACAUACGUGGGAACUAGAUACAACAUUAAUAAAGAAAACAAUAAAAAAGAAAUUAAUAAGAAAAAAAGCAAAGGUUAAAACAACACUGAAAGCGCAACUUGAUGAAGAGUUGGACCUAACAGCGGGCGAAAUUGUCACUGUUAUAGAAAUUUUAGAUGAUGGCUGGUGUCAUGGAGUUACAGAAGAUGGUAGGAAAGGCAUAUUUCCAGAAGGAUUUAUAUCAUACAUAGAUAUGGAUCAAGACACAGUUGAUCAAAGUGAAAUUACAUGCACAACACAAAAUGAUGUUGCAUCUUCCUCGACAUCUUAUGAUGGUGUAAUUUACAAAGAUUUUGGUGAAACUUCUACUGGAAACUCUUACAUGAAUCUGCCUGACGAACCUGCUCCAAGCUACUUUGAUCUAUUCCCAGAGGCCUUAUCAACAAUUAGUGAUGCAACAGAUGUACAAUGCAAUAUUCAUGCGAAUUCUAUCGAUGUUAAACCAUAUGCCAUAACAUUAUAUCCAUUUAAUGCGCAAUUUCCAAACGAAUUGAGUUUCGGAGUAGGUGAAGUGGUGCAUCUCAUCAGACAUAUCGAUUCUGAAUGGAUGGAGGGUAUGAUCGAUACUACUAAAGGGAUAUUUCCAUCAUCUUAUGUCAAUAUUAUAGUCGAUUGUGCGGUAACCAAGCAGGAUCAAGUUCAAUCUGAAGUGCCCGCGAAAAAAGAUGCUUUGGAACCGAAUGCUACUGUAAAAGUACUGUUUACCUUCGACGCGCAAAUGGACGGUGAUUUGAGCGUUCAAGAAGACGAAAUUGUCACCGUGGUGGAAAUGGCUAAUGAAGAUUGGGUGAAUGUGAAGAAUAAAAAUGGCCUAAUCGGUUUAUGUCCACGAGAAUAUUUGAGUUCGAUAUCCGAGCAUUCGUCAGAUAGUCUACAGGAAUCGAACUUGGAAGAAUUUGAAGAUUUCGUCCUGGUUAGACAUAAGGAAGCGAAUGCAGUUGUAACAGCUGAAGAGCAAAAGCCAAAGAGAUUGUCGCAACCGCACAGACCAGCACCGCCAGCUCCGGCUCCAGGUAGAGUGCCAUUACAGAAGGAAACUGUUGCAAAUAUAGAAGCAUCUGCUCAAGAAAAUGAAGCUGCAAUUAGUAAUACAGCUAAUGUAAGGCAAAAACGUGCGGAUCAACGACAAAAUGUAAUAUCGGAGUUGGUUAUAACAGAGAAGGAAUAUGUUCGCGACUUGAAGUUGACGUACGAAACGUUUAAUUUGCAUGAUCCGAGUUUCCUCGGAUCAAAGGGAAUUGAUGUCGUUACGUUGUUUGGGAAUAUUUUGGAAGUUAUUCAUGUCGCCGAGGAGUUAUUGGAUAUGAUCUUAAAAUCGAUGAAAGAUUGCGAUGAAAGCUUGCAAACAAUUGGACCUUGCUUUGUAAAUAUGUCCGAGAAAUUGAAAAGCGUUUAUGUUAAGUAUUGUGGAAAUCAUGAAGCAGCAUUAGCUUUGUUAACAAAGUAUGAAAAUAAUGAAGAAAUCAUGAAAAUAUUUAAUAAGGGUAUUGAGACACUACGUCGCCAAGUUGCUUGCUUUGAUAUGAGCUCUAUUCUGAUAAAACCAGUUCAAAGAAUUUUGAAGUACCCAUUAAUGUUAUAUGAAUUAAUAAAGUGCACAGAAGAUAAUCAUCCAGACAAAGCAGCUAUAGAAGAAGCAUGGAAAGCCAUGACAAAUGUAGCCAGUUAUAUCAAUGAAUAUAAACGCAGAAGAGAUAUCGUGUCAAAAUAUUUAGACACUGAUAAUACUUUAAUUAGCAAAAUGUCGAAAUUAAAUAUGCAUUCCGUAGCGAAAAUGUCUACAAGGCUAAGCACAAGGUUGUCGGCGAGUCUAGGCUUGACAAAUAUCGUGAGUGACACCGAGUUUGAGGAACUUGAGAAGCAAUUUCGAUCUAUAGAGAAAUGCACGUGGCAAUUAGUUAAGGAUAUUGAGCAAUGUAUCACACAUUUGAGCGACGAAGCUAUAUCUGGUGAAGUAAUAGCCGAAUUCCUUGUGCAUUAUUAUCAAGAGACUCCGACUGCCGAGAUGAAGAAACUACAAAACAUAAGAUCUAUAAUUUGGUCUCAAUAUAUGCAGGACUUUAAGACCUGUAUCGAAAAGAGAGUGAGCACACCGUUGCAUUCCUUAGCGACAUUAUUAGAAGGACCGGCGAUGCUGGUAGCGAAGAGACACGAUAAGUUGCUGGAUUACGAUGCUGCUAUUUCUAAGAGUGAGAAAUAUAAAGAAUCAAAAAUUACACAAGAGGAAUUAUUUACUGCUAAGAGUAUUUACGAAGCAUUGAAUCAACAAUUGAUCGAGGAAUUACCUAUAUUAUUGGACGCAGCAGCGAAGAUUUUAGUUAAUUGCAUAAGCACUUUCGCGAACACUCGAAAGUUAUUGAGUGGAAAAAUUACUAAGCAAUAUCUGACUCUUUGCGAGACGUCGCCGCAUCUAUCCUCGCAAGAUGUGCUGGAGUCAUUUCUCGUGAAUCAUAAUUUAAUAUGGAAUCAAUUAACGCGUUUCGCAUUUGCUGGCACGAAUCCUCGAACAGACGAGGUCCAAUCGCAAUUGUGCGAGCAAACGGAACAGCAGAGAUUCCUGCUUAGAGAAAAAUACACCGUAGACAAAUUGUUUGUAGUGAUUGAGGACGUUACCAGUAAUUCCACGCUUGACGUAAGUGCGGCGAGAGGUACGUUAAUUGCAGCCAUCAAGAAACAGGAUCCGAUGGGAAACGCGGCGAGAUGGUAUGUUGACACUGGAGUCACUCAAGGAUUUCUGCCCUCUCAAAAACUGAGACCGGUUCAGCGGCAAAAUCAGCACCAAGCUGAUCCAACCGCGACGGACGUCGCUGCUACUGGAAGGAAGAGCUCCAGUCCUCCAAAUUUGAUGUCGCUGGAUUCUCCGGAGAAGGAAAUCAGGAAAACGUCUCCGUCGCAUCUGGAAGAUUUGCUUUCAUUAGACGAAGAAUCGAAAUUGAAUCACAAUUAUUGCAACAUGUCAGAAAUGCCGAGAGCUCAAGUGUAUCAAAAUGUAUAUAAUGAAUUUUACUACGCGAUGUAUGAUUUUGCUGGAAACAUGCCAGGCACGUUGCCUAUUAUUAAUGGCCAAGCCCUCCGACUCGUUAGGCCUCAUGACGAAAAAGGAAAUAACGAAUGGUGGUUCGUAGAGAAUCGAGAAGGUAAGCAAGGCUACGUUCCACGGAAUUAUUUAAGCUCGGCGGCCAAAUCAAAGCAAUAAUAAUGGAAAGUCAAAUUAGGGCACAAGUUUUACAUUUAUAGUAUUAUAGUUUUCAUUAUAAGAUCAUGAUAUAAUUAAUCUGAAAAAUCGAUUAAUUGAAAAAUCAAUCAUCUUUCUCGAUUAUAUAAUAUCGAUUUGAUUUUGUUUUAUAAGAAAAUUAUUUUUUAAUAUCAAGCUUAUUUUAAUGCAGUAGUAGUCUAUAUAAUCUUUUUGUCUAACUGAAAUGUACAAAAAGAAGCUGUAUUCAGCAUGAUCAAGUCUCGAAUUUUUAAGAAAGAUAAUCUAUCGGGGUGUAUCAGUGGAAAUAUACUCAAGUUUUUUUUUUAAUUUCUCGUUAGUAUUUAGAUUUAUACACGCUUUAUAUAUUCUUUAAGAUUUUUAUACUCUACAAUUUCAAUAAUCACUAUUUAAUUAUUAAUGCGUGUAUAUAAAAUGUACAUAAUGCUUUAUUAUUGGGAAGGUUUAAGCUGUUGAUAAAUAAUUAAAUUAUUUUCAAUUGUAUUAAUAAUUGAUAUUAGCACAGAAAAAUGUGCAUAUGUAAUCACUUAAAACGAAAUCGUGUUCCAAUAAAAUAUUUCUUACAACUUUUAAUAUAUUUAACUAGCCUACAUCAGAGAUAUACAGGUAUAUACAUAUAUUGUGAUCAUUUAAGA